CGGAGCAGCGGAGCUGCAGGUGCCCCUAGGAGGAGUACCAUGGCCGCUCCAAACACCGAAACCGUGGGGAAAAUCCCUGUCCUGGGGCUCGGCACCUGGAAGGCUGAACCAAGUGAAGUGGCGGAGGCGGUGAAGGUGGCCAUUGAUGUGGGCUACCGACACAUUGACUGUGCCUUCUUCUACCACAAUGAGAGUGAGGUGGGGACAGGGGUCCACUACAAGAUCAAGGAAGGUGUGGUGACUCGCCAGGACCUGUUCAUUGUCAGCAAGCUCUGGUGUACCAGCCACAAGAGGUCACUGGUGAGAGCUGCCUGCACCCGAAGCCUCAAGGCCCUGCAGCUGGACUACCUGGACCUCUACCUCAUGCACUGGCCCAUGGGCUUCAAGCCCGGAGAAGAAGACCUCCCAGUGGACCAAAGUGGCCUGAUCAUUCCCAGUGACACCAGUUUCCUGGACACGUGGGAGGCCAUGGAGGAGCUGGUGGCCGAGGGCCUGGUCAGAGCCAUUGGAGUAUCCAAUUUCAACCAUCAGCAGCUUGAGCUGCUUCUGUCGAAGCCAGAGCUGAGGGUCCGGCCGCUGGUCAACCAGAUCGAGUGCCACCCCUUCCUGACUCAAAAACAGCUGAUUGAGUUCUGCCAGUCCCGAGAUGUGGCCGUGACCGCCUACCGACCCCUGGGGGGCUCCAGUGGCGGCUUGGAUUUCAUGGACAACACUGUGGUACAGGACGUGGCCAAGAAGCAUAACAAGACCCCUGCGCAGGUCUUGAUCCGGUUUCACAUCCAGAGAAACGUGACUGUCAUCCCCAAGUCUGUGAACCCAAAGCGGAUCUUGGAGAACUUCCAGGGAUGUGCGGUGUUUGAUUUCUGCCUGUCGGAAGAGGACAUGAGCGCCCUCCUGCGGCUGAACAGGAACUUGCGCCUGGCCACCUUCCCCUUGGCUCGAAAUCAUAAGGACUACCCAUUCAAUGCUGAGUUCUAGCAGCCAUAGCCAGCCUGGCUGGGGACUCCUGUCUCAAGUACCAAGACCUGAAGCUGAGCCUGCUGCCCUAAUGGCCACUGGAGGUGCAGGCGGCCUGACUGGGCCUUGAUGCCGUGUGACUUGCCCCCUCUCAUU